AUGGCUGAAGGUGCAGCCCGGCUCUGGAUUGCGGGGAAGUAUCAAGCUGGGAAGGGUGAGCUCAUUCCAGUCGAGGAUCCCGCCACUGGAGAAGUCUUCGCCCACUGUCACUCCGCCUCCGGUGAAGAUGUCGAGAACACAGUGCAGCUCGCCCACCGGGCCUUCAAGUCGGGCGUCUGGUCCCGCCUCCCGAGACACCUACGCGCCGAUGUCCUCGAGAAGGCAGCGAUCCUGCUCACUGAUAACCUGCCGGUCCUCAUCGCGUUGGAAGUCCAGCAGAGCGGCCGCGCGAUCCGGGAGAUGAACGCCCAGGUGCCCUCACUCGUACGUUGGUUCAAGUACUACGCGGCUCUCCUCAGGACAGAGGAGCGGUCCGUGCUGCCGACGCAGGGCAAGCUGCACAACUGGGUCGACAGGGUGCCGCUGGGUGUCGUCGUGCAGAUCACCCCCUUCAACCACCCCUUGCUCAUCGCGGUCAAGAAGAUCGCGCCCGCGCUCGCCGCCGGUAACUCGGUCAUCGUGAAGCCGAGCGAGCUCACCCCGCUCACGACGCUGCGGCUUGGCGAACUCCUGGCCAAGGCUGGUGUUCCUGAGGGAGUUUUCAGCGUGUUACCGGGCUAUGGCGCAACUACUGGAGCUGCGCUGUGCGGUCACCCGCUCGUAAGGAAGGUGGACGUCACGGGAGGAACAGCAGCGGGCCGUGCCAUCGGGAGCAUCGUUGGCCGCAACCUGGCAAAGUUCACUGCCGAGCUCGGUGGGAAGGCGCCGCUGGUGGUUUUCAAAAACGCCCACGUCGACCUGGCGGUCAACGGCAUCGCCUUCGGGGCCUUCGUGGCCAGCGGACAGACCUGCGUGGCUGCAACCAGGAUCCUCGUCGAGAACUCGAUUCUGGACACGGUCCUGGAGAAGCUUGCCGCAAAGGCGGAUACCAUCGCCAAGGGGAUGGGCUCGCCGACUAACCCCGACUCGACGAUGGGCCCAUUGAUCUCGGAGAAGCAGCUGAACAACGUCGAGGCGCUUGUCCACGACGCCAUCAGCAGUGGGCAUGCAACUCCAGCUUUUGGAGGCGUGAGACUACGAGGAACGAGCCGGCUGGAUGAUACGGAUUUUGCGAAAGCAUAUUUCUUCGCCCCCACGGUCUUGACAUCCAGCAGCGGGAGCAGCAUCCUUAAGACCCGCAUCUGGAAGGAAGAGGCUUUCGGUCCCGUGGUGGUAGUGGUGGGCUUCGACACCGAGAGCGAGGCUGUAUCGCUGGCAAACGACAGCGAGUUCGGACUCGGAGCGGCAAUCUGGACUAAGGAUCUGUCACAGGCAUACCGAGUGUCUGAGCAGAUCGACGCUGGCAUCGUGUGGGUGAACACGCACCAUCGCAAUGAUCCAAGCAGCCCGUGGGGAGGAGCCAAGAGUGCGAGUGGCGUCGGGAGUGAGAAUGGGGUGGAUGCAUAUCACGCGUACACGACUAUGAAGAGCACCAUCAUCAACUACGCGACACCGGAAGAAAGCUUGGCCACCGAUGAUUGGUUCAGGGAAAAUGGCGGUAAUUUCUUGGUUAACCGGAUGGCUUCUGCUUUAGAUUUGAUCCACAUCCCUAAGGACGAAGAUGAACGUCUUGGGCCUUGGGCGAUCAAUAAUCCUUUCUUGCACCCCGAGUUUCAGUUGUACCUGUCUCCGCGAAUAGAAUUCAUCGUCGACGGCUUGGCUGUUUUUCCGGGGACCGGACGCAACGUCGAAACCACGCCAGCGGCAUCCGCGUUGACUCCGCAUCCCGAUCUCAAUAAUCACUUCCUAGAGCGGUCAAGAAAGAGAAAGAUGCCUCGCAAAACCGAAAUACAACCAGCUCCCAAGCAGACCAACGGCCCGCCUUCUUCGGUGCAAGCGAUGACGACAGGCCAUAUUAGUGACAGCAUCAGCUUGGGGGCUGUAACUAGGAUCAUACCACCACUAGAAGGCGAGGUCAACCUGCAACACUGGAAGGCGAUGAUCACCAAGGCCUUGGACCUUCUUCAGCUUAAGAAGUACAUAGAGUCACCGAUACCAUGCCCAUCCAAUGGCGAGGACGUCGAGCGAUGGCGUUCUGAACGAGGCAUCGUCGCACUUAUCAUCGAGUCCUCAUUUUCUCGUGUCCGGGACAGGCUCACAGAUAACGGCCUUCCCAUAAACGAGGCUGAUCCAUACGUCAUGUUCCGACAGACCUGCGCAAUCUUCGACAAAUACGGCAGCUUCGACGGCGCAAGGCUUUACAAGCGGUUGAUGAACAUCCGGCGGCCAGAUUACGAGAACAUGAAGUUUUAUUUCCUGGAGAUCCGGCGCCUGCGAAGCCGCAUGAUCGAGAUUGGGCAGUGCGAUGACGUAUUUAUCCUGGAGCAGGUAUUCAACCACCUCCAGCAUUUCUGCCCGGCCGACGUGCUCGGCAGGCUGCAGCGCAAGUUUGAGAAGGGGGACCUGACGUUCGAUGACAUGACGGAGGCUAUGUUGGAAUGGGAAAAGGGCAACGUUGUCAUCAAGCCAGCGCCUGCGCCUGCGCCAAUACUUGCGCCCACGCCCAACUCUCGGAGGGGCAGCAUGGUGGAGCCAGUGCGGAAUUCAUGGGCCAGCAGUUCAAUGGGGACGCAGAUGCGAAGGGAGUAA